CAAGCAGGCCUUUGCCGGAAGAGGCUUGCACGUGUCCGAGUGGAGGAAGCCCUCUACGCGCUCUCGUGAUUUCUUUCUCUCGCCAGCUGGAGCUAUGAGUUGUCCUGUGCCCUGCGUUGCCUGGGUUCCUCGAGGCGUUGCCAAGGAAACGCCUGAUAAGGUCCAGCUUGACAAGGAAGAAUUAAAGCGCAUGAUUUCUGAAGCCAAGGAGAGACUGCAGGCAGAUGACAGUAAUAUUGAUGAUGAUGAUGAUGAUGAACAGGAAGAGGCUCCAGGAGACACCAUGGAUGUUGCUAAUGCUGAGGCAGCUACCUCUGCUCCCAAAGAUGGGGAACGCGAGGAGGCUGACAAGCAGGAUGAUGCUGAUGAUGUACUGGCAGAAUAUGAUUUGGAUAAUUAUGAUGAGGAAAAUGCAGAUACUGAGAGUCUUGGAAAGACCUUAGCAGGACUUACGGUAUAUGGAAGCAAUGAAAAUGAUCCUUAUAUUACUAUUAAAGAUACUGAGCAAUAUGAGCAAGAAGACUUUGUGAUUAAGCCCAGUGACAAUCUUGUUGUCUGUGGCAGAGUUGAUAAGGAUCAUUGCAGUCUAGAAGUUCAUGUUUAUAAUCAGGAAGAGGAUUCGUUCUACGUCCAUCAUGAUCUCAUCUUGUCUGCAUACCCUUUAAGUGCAGAAUGGCUGAACUUCGAUCCUAACCCCGACGAUUCUACAGGAAAUUAUAUUGCUGUGGGCACAAUGAAUCCCGUUAUUGAAGUAUGGGACCUUGAUGUUGUGGAUUGUUUAGAGCCAGUCUUUUCCCUUGGAAACAAAAAAGCAAAAACGACGAAAAAGAAAGGAAAGAAAAGUUUAUCUAAAGAAGACAAUAAAGAAGGGCAUACUGACGCAGUCCUUGACCUUUCGUGGAAUAAGCAACUCAGAUCGGUGCUGGCGAGUGCAUCAGCUGACCAUUCUGUAAUUCUUUGGGACAUGUCUACGGGCACACCCGCAGCAAACCUUUCUCUUCAUACAGACAAGGUGCAGACACUGCAGUUUCAUCCAUUUGAAACACAGACUCUCAUUUCUGGUUCUUAUGACAAAUCAGCCAUUUUGUAUGACUGCAGAAGUCCACAGGAUAACCAUCGAAUCUGGCGGUUUAGUGGACAGGUUGAAAGAGUAACUUGGAAUCAUUUUUCACCUCACCACUUCUUAGCCAGCACAGAAGAUGGAUUUGUGUAUUGCCUAGAUGCGCGUUCACAUAAACCAGUCUUCACGAUGAAAGCUCAUAAUGAAGAAGUGUCUGGACUACAGUUAAGCAGCCAAAUCAAAGGAUGUCUUGUUACAUCAUCUACGGAUAAAUAUGUGAAAAUUUGGGACAUAUUAGGAGACAAACCUAGUUUGGUCCAUUCCAGGGAUAUGAAAAUGGGUAUCCUCUUCUGUGCAGCUUGCUGCCCAGACCUACCAUUUGUCUAUGCCUUUGGGGGAGAGAGAGAAGGGCUUCGUAUCUGGGACAUAAGCACAAUUUCUGCAGUGAAAGAUGCUUUUGGAAACCGACAGAGGCUAAUAGUUGCGAAAUCAAGUUCUGAAGCAACAAGUUCUGCUACCAGCAGUAGCAGUGAUCCAGAAGCUGCAAUGGAACCAUGAUGUAUCUUAAAUAAUAUUUGUAUGUUAUACAUAAAGUUGCAUUUGAAAUAUA